CCCGCUCCACUUCCGCGUUGCCACGGCAACGCGCCGCCGGCCGCGCUGCGAUUGGGCCGCCGGGAGCGGCGGUGUCAGGGGGGCGGGGCGGGGGCGGGGCGGGGCCGGGGGCGGCGCCGUGACGUCAGGCGCGCGGCCAUAAGCGGCGGGCGGGGGGAGGGGCGGCGCAGAGCGGCGGCGACAUGGAGGGCAGCUACGAGGCGUGCGCGGAGGCGGCGGCCUGGCUGCGGGCGCGGGUGCCCUCCCCCCCCCCGCGUCGCCCUGGUCUGUGGGUCGGGGCUGGGGGCGCUGGCCCAGGAGCUGCGGGACCCCCGCACCUUCCCCUACGCCGAGAUCCCCCACUUCCCCCGCAGCACCGUGCAGGGCCACGCGGGGCAGCUGGUUGUGGGGCACCUGGGCGACGCCCCCUGCGCCGUCCUGCAGGGCCGCUUCCACCUCUACGAGGGCUACAGCCCCGCCCAGGUGGUGGUGCCGGUGCGGACGCUGGCGCUGGCGGGCGCCCACACGCUGGUGCUGACCAACGCCGCCGGCAGCCUCCGGCCCGCGCUGGGGCCCGGCCACCUCCUCGUCAUCCGUGACCACAUCGACCUGCCCGGCCUGGCCGGCCGCAGCCCCCUCGCCGGGCCCAACGACGACAGGUUCGGGCCCCGCUUCCCGGCCAUGGCGGGCGCCUACGACGCGGGGCUGCGCCGCCUGGCCCUGGCCCUGGCCCCCCCCGAGCUCCACGCCCGCCCCGGCGUCUACUGUGGCGUCGGCGGGCCCAGCUACGAGACGGGGGCCGAGUGCCGCCUCCUGCGGCGCCUGGGGGCUGACGCCGUCGGCAUGAGCACGGUGGCGGAGGCGGCGGCGGCGCGUCACUGCGGGCUGCGCGUGCUGGGGCUGUCGCUCAUCACCAACGCGGCGCCGGGGGACGACGAGGACGAGGACGAGGAGGGGGAGGGGCAGAGGGGGAGGGGGGGGAGGGGCGGGCGCCCCCCCCCGGGCACGAGGAGGUGCUGGCGGCCGCCCAGGCCGGGGCGCGGCACCUGCGGACCCUCCUGGCGGCCCUGGCCCCGCGCCUGGCCCGCCCCGAGCCCCCGCACGCCUAGGGCACGCCUGGGGCACGCCUGGGGCACGCCUGGGGCACGCCGAGGGGGCGGGGCGCGGGGCGGGGCCUCGCGGGGCGGGGUCUCGCGGGGGCGGGGCGUCUCGGUCCCGCCUACGUCCCCUCUCUGUCCCGCGCCGGUCCUGCAUCGAUCGCGUGUCCAUCCCGUGUCCAUCCCGUGUCGAUCCCGUGUCGAUCCCGUGUGUCCAUCCCACGCUGGUCCCAUGUUGAUCCCGUGUCAAUCACAUGUCAAUCGCAUGUCAAUCGCAUGUUGAUCCCGUGUCCGUCCUGUGUCGAUCGCGUGUCUGUCCCACACCGGUCCUGUGUCGAUCCCGUGUCAGUCCCAUGUCAAUCACAUGUCGAUC